UUCCGUUUUGUGUAUAUGACACUAAAAAAAGCUUCAGUCCAUAAAGAAGUAAAAGAAAUCGACAGAAUGAGCAGCUUGCUGUACGUUACUGUAUGCAGCUCUAAAUAAAAGAUGCAGGUAAAAUAAAUGUGUGUUAUCACCUGCAGGGGGCGUCCUGAGUCCGUGUCGACAUGGGCGUAAGGCUCCUCUCGUCCCUCUCCUCCCUGUUUUUCCAGCGAUGCUGCAGACUCUCCUCUUCAUCACAGUUAACCUGGAUUUGUCUCUGCUGCUCCUUCUCCUCCUCAGAGCCGAGCUCCUCCCAGGAUAACCUCCUUCUGAACGGACAAGGAGCCUGGAUGUCAAGAUGAUCUAUCUUGGUUAUUAGAGAUGAUGUUCAACAGUCUGAUCACUGGCGUGUUGGAACGACAUGUGAAGAUGAAUUCCAGCCCCCUGCUGUGCGAGUAACACUCAUUGAUGGCCGCACAGACUUUUUAUGAUGGCUGCCAUGGAUGAUUAAUUUAAAAACUGCUCCUGAGGGUGCUGUAAUCUCAGAGCUUUUUUAACAAAAUGUGCGAUCGAGGAGAGGCCUUGGGUGAGGGGGAGUUGCGAAAUAAUAACCAGCAGGGGGGCGUGCGUGCUGAUGGGGAUGCCAACGCCAAUGAAAUCGGGACAGAAGACGGCGGUAGGACGGGUGACACUGGCACUCUGUCGGGGCUUAUGACUGAAAAGUCAGAGCAGGAUAAAGUCAUCAUCUGGGGAACGGACUCGCAGUGUGAUGACCCCGAGCUGGCUGAGUUCGAGAUGCUGGAGGGUCAGGAGCUUGAGGCCUACCUGGUAAGAGACGGGGAGGACUUUGCGGGGCUGACAGAGCGGAAGGCGCUUCGUGAACAGUCUUCCUCCUGCGGCAAAGCCAGACCAGAACAACCAGCAGAUAAUAUGAGCAUUGAGGAGAGGCAAUCUGCUCUACAUGGUGCCAGUGAGCAGGACUCCAGUGUCUCGCAUGUCUCUGAGAGCAGGGAGGCAUCAAGGACGGAGUUAAGCUCAGAAACAGAUGUCUUUGUGACCUGUCCCUCUACCUUUUCAAACAUGGAUACAGCUAUGGACACUGCAGGCAGGACCCAAACAACAGACUCCUGGCACAAUGCCUCUGGCCCUUACUCCGUCUCAGAAGACCUGACUCUGGUUUCCCAGACUUGCAGCAUUGUCACAGAGAAAAGUAAGAGUGACCAUCCUUCCCGCUAUUCAGGAAAAAGCACAAAACACAGAAAAGAUGUGGACAUGAAUUUGAAUUCAACACUUCAAUCAGAGGAUUUGAUAUCACAGGCACAAGUUAGCUGUGGAAAUUUGUGUGAGGACGUCCUUGAGGAGAGCAGGAGGAACAAUAACCAGAGAAAUAAAGCAGGGAAUACCAAUUCAGAGCAAGACUGUGAUCAAAGGAGAAGUACUGAGCACAAGGGCUUACCCACUGCAACUGAGGAAAGCAACACUAAAAUGGAUAAAAGCACACAAGCUGAUGAGACACCUGAUGUGAACUUCAGCCCACCCAGAACAGGCACAAAGGAGACCCAGUCAUCCAUUGAAUCCAAAGCCAUGAAGAAACAAGGAUCAUUUGAUUCCUCUUUAAAAAAACAAAACUCUUUUGACAGGAGUUUUAAAAAGCAGCCAUCGUUUGAGAAUUCCUUCAAGAAGCAGCUCUCCUUUGAUAACUCUUUGAGGAAGCAGGGCUCUUUUGAGAACAUGGUCACGUCCAGCUCUUCAAGUCUGGAGAGAAGGAAGCCGUGGGGAAGCCCCAGUCGACCAGCAACUCCUUCUUCCCCUAAAACUACCUCCUGUUCCCCGAAAAGACGACCGCCCGGUUCUCCAGCAAAGGUCCAGGGCAUCAGGGCGCUGAGCUGUGAGCGCAGCGACUCCCCUCAGAGAGGUUUCAGUCCAACAGUCAAACCGACGGUCAAAACAAGUUUGAGCAGCAGCAUCCCCAAACUGGUCGCCUCUCAGCAGAAAGAACCUGAGCCCAAGAGGUGUUCUCCUCCCCAGAAGCCUAAAAAUGUCCGACCGAAAAUCAUCACCUAUGUCCGAAAAAACCCUCAAGCAAAACCAAACACGUCGCUGGAGGCCUCAUCACUAAGACUCUCUUCUUACCCCAGCCCGCCAGCUCAGAAAGAUCUAAAAGCUGGUCCUCAGCCUAAAUCCACACAGGUGCUUUGCUCCUCCAACCUGCUGUUUGAUAAAUAUCGACAGGAGAUGCAGAAGGCGGGACUCUGCCCUCCAGACAUGGCUGUGACUGGAAUGAAACCUCCAAGCAGCAGCAUCGCUCAGAGGCAGAGUGGGAAGUCAAGCAGUUUUCACGAGGAUAUGUCUGAGAAAUAUCUCCAAGAGCAUGUUGUCCAAGAGGGAAGCAGUGUGUACCGCUCCCCAAGAGCUCUGAGGCCUCAACUGGGGUUAGGGGCCGUCACCAGGCAGCCUGCAGCCAAGACAAGAAGUCAGCAGACAGGUCAAAGGUCAGCAGCCGCUCCAAGCCAUUCUGCUCAGACAGCCGGGGCGUCCGCCCAGGACCAUACAGGUGAGAUAGUAAACUGUAAUGAACUCAAUGUCAGUGAGAUGUCAAGUUAUAUUUCACUGAGAAUGCACAUGAAACAAAACCAAGUGUAUCUCAAAAGGUUUGAGAGUCACCCGCAGCUUCAGUUUCAGUUCAUAUUCUUUGAUUCGUUUACAGCAGAGCAAAAGAGGUCAGCAGAAAGGGGGCCAGAGACCACCACCAAGAGCAUCCUGCUCAAAGCAGGUCAGUCUGGUCUCCGUGCCCCGGGUUUCUCCACCCUGCCAGCUGCCCGUCUGGCCACCUUUGGCUUCACCCGGACUUCCAGUGUCUCAUCUGUGUCCAGUAACCAGUCGAACAACAGCAGUCACAGUGAUCCCAGCAGACCUGCUCAGCAUCCCGUCAGUGGAAGCGAUGACACACCUCUCCACAAAGCCACAGGGCCCCCCACUGACACGCCCCUUGCUCAGAGCCGUUUGCAGCCUCCCAACGCACCCAGUCUGCAGCGUCGCAGUUUGCCGCCCCAGCGCUGCUCCCCGCUCGCCUCUAGGAAAGAGAUGCAGAAAGAGGUUGAAGCUGUACUGCCACCAAAGUCCCCUCCGAAAAGAUUUGCAGUGGUUUCUCCUAAACCACAGUCCCCUGUUCGUGGGCGGACAGCAGGCGUCGGUGGCGCUGUUCAGACUGAAAGGAACCAGGAGUUGGACCGCGCUCUGAUCCAGCAGCUGCGUCGACGCUGUGAGCAGCAGGAGCUGCAGCUGCAGAGCCUGCAAGCCCAGUUAAAGAAGGCAUCCCUAUGCAUGGAUGUGUUCAGCAUCACGACCCAGCACUUCUGUCUCAAGAGUGAGAGUGCCUUUGUGAAGGAGAGGGAACUGUCCCUGGAGCUCGCCAGAAUCAGGGAUGAAGUGGCUUUCAGUGUGGCACACUGGGAGAAACUGCAGCAGGAGAAGGAGGACCAGGAGCGUCGUUUCGAGACGGAGCUGCGGGGACUGCGGGCGAAGCAGCAAAGGGAGCUGGGAGCGCUCGAGGAGCGGCUGAAGGCGCAGCACACGGCCAAGGCGAAGAGCCUGCAGGCCGAGCUAAGAGGAGAGCUGGAGGAGCUGCAAUUCAAACAGCAGGAGCAGAUUGAGGAGAUGAGUGAGAACCAUGAGGCUUCAUUGAUGGAGAUGGAGACGGCUCACAAUGACACACUGGUCACACUGCAGGAGGAGCACGCCAGGACUGUGAAGAAUCUGAAGAUGGCCCAUGAACAGCAGACAAAGUCUCUGGAAGAAGAGUUUGCAAAGAUCAGACUGUCACUGCAGGAUCAGGUGGACACGCUGACGUUUCAGAACCGAAGCCUCCGAGAUCGAGCAAAGCGCUUUGAAGAAGCUCUGCGCAGGAGCACAGAUGAGCAGAUCGUGGAUGCUUUGGCCCCAUAUAAACACAUCGAGGAGGACCUGAAGAGUCUGAAGGAAGUUCUGGAAAUGAAGAAUCAACAAAUUCAUCAACAGGAGCUGAAAAUCACCGAGCUGGAGAAAAUACAGGCUGAAAAGAACGUGUUCCUGGAGGAGAGAGUGCAGGUUUUGCAGCAGCAGAAUGAGGACCUGAAGGAAAGAAUAGACAAGAACAUCGCUGUGUCCAGGCAUCUUUCUGAGGAAAAUGCCAACCUGCAGGUGAACGUGGAGAAAGAGAGCAACGAAAAGAAGCGUCUGAGUCGCACCAACGAGGAACUGCUGUGGCGUCUUCAGACGGGCGAGCUGAGCCCUCACAUGUCCCCCAGCUCCUCCCCCCUCCAUCGACCCCUCUCUGGACCAGGCUCCCCUGCCCGCCCUCACUCCUACCAUCAAUGACCCUCUGAAUGGAAGCUCUUGUAUCAAACUAUUUAUUUUAUCUGGCAUUUUAUAACUCUUUGAAUGUUCCUCUCGAAAGCCAGGGAUGGAUUUUACACAAUGGAGGUGGACAGACACACAUCAGAUUGUUUUGUGGGGGAAUGCUGCUUGUAUGUGUGAUGCAUUUCCAAAGUAAUACCCUGGGAUUUUUAACGUCUGACUCGAAGAAUUGUAUUUACGAUCAAAAAGGGAAUUCUCUGUACUCUUUUAAUUCUCCCUCUACAACCCCACAAACAGACGUGCUGUGAUGCAGCGGCAGAUGAAAGAUCCGGUCAUAAUACAUCAGAGAGCAGGAUCAGAGAUACUGUGCCUCAUUCCCAUGUUUUUCCAUCUACGUCUACACUUCCACCUUCUCAUCCAGCGAUCAGGAUGAUGGAUGUACAAGGCAAACGUAACAUGAAAAGUGCAACCACCAACUCAAGAAGCGCCUUUUCUUUCCAUUUUCUUUUCCACCAGCAACUUCGAUCAAGGCACAGGCAAUACAGGUCUACCUACAGUAAGUUACCGUCAAAGUGUGGCCUCUUCUCUGGGGUUAGUUUGACCUUUUGAUGCUCUCAUAUAUCAGGAGUGUUUGAACAACUACCUGUGAUUGAACCUCAAACACCCAUCCUACAUCCUACACUUGAACCACUGAAUAUCAGUGCUGACCUGAAAUGUAAGAUCAACAUCAUACAUCCAUUGAACUGCCAACAGAAUGUUACUUUAUUAUUGAUAAUAAUUGAUUCAAUCUGUACAUGAAUUGCUCUCUUUAAAGCAUGUUCUGUCUUCCAGUUCUAAUGAAUAUUAUGUAAGGAUUACUUUAGGUGUAGUUUCCUCUGAUUUCUUAUCAAAUAGAGAAAUUAAAACAAGUAAUCAAUCAUUAUAUUUCCAAUUUCAGUUUCUGGGUGAGAUGGCGCCCCCUACCUUCAGUCAGUUUAAAUCGCUAAAGUAAAAGAAAAAAGUGCAGGAUCUGUAGGAAGCACCAAAGAGGAAAUAAAACACAGCAGUUAUCAUGUACUGUAGCUGUUGUAUGUCUGCAGGUCAUUGCAGAAUCAGCCAUAAGCGGUGCAAACAUUGCAGUUCUUGUCAAAAUGUAAGAAAAUCCAACAUCUGUUCAUUAUGAAGUAGGUGUCAAGUUUAACAAUAGGUUCUCUUUCUUUGAGUGUACCUCAUCGUUGCUCUUAAAGUUGACUUGGAUUGUUGCUGUUUUCUUCAUUGAUGUUUGUUUUCUGUGUUUUGAACCUCACCACAAAAAGUGAUUAGCUUAAGUGAUUUAAAAAAAAAAAAAACAGAAUGGCAUACAGUCAUUCACUCAGCAUUUUUAUCUCCCACAGACUUUUGGCUAAAUUCUAAAUCCAAAUCAAAAGGUAUCAAAAAAAGAAACAAAAGUCCUGAAAAUCAGCAAACUAAUACCUCAUGUCUCAUUGUGGAGAAUAAUCUCAGGUGUUGAGGAGAAGAAACUGCCAUAGCUUUUUAAUUUGAAUGAAUUGUACAUUUUUUUUUAUUUCAUUUGUUUGCCUAUGUUUACAGAACCUCUCAGCUCAAGUGUCACUUUUGCAAGAUAUCCUUUGUGAAAAAUGAUUUGGAUGUAAAGAAUAUGUGAAACCAUUUGAAAGGGAUUGGUGCAGUAUGCAAAGAUAGAUUGAAGAAUUAUUACUUGAUUAUAGUAAUAUGAUAUAAAGAUCAGCUCCAUAAGACACACCAAAUGUGGUAAACAGCUUCAACAGGGACGCGGUUGGAGGUGAUUUGCAUUUUCUGUCAGGACAAGUUGAUAGUGUUUGACUCUGUGGGCUCAACUUUAAGGAAAAUGAUUGGAAAAGAUUUCUCUUUCCAUCAGGUCCUCUGAUUGCACUGAUUGUCUCUGUGUCCCGUGGACAUGGCCAUGUGCUCAUUAACUGAAUGUUUGUCAAACACGAGAAGAAGAGCUGUUUCUACAGUUUACAUCCAAUGUCGGAGAAGGAUGUUGUUUCAUGUGACGUCUGGACUUUUGUUCAUUGUUUACAGGACUUCUCUUGUAAAGAGCCUCCUCAGUAGUUCAGGAGUUAUGGAUGAGUUUUUAUGAACGCAUGUCUUUAUAAUGUUGUACAUUAUUUGUGUUUACAUUUCUUGUGCAUUUGAUUUAUCUUUCUGUUUUCCUCAAGAACUGCACCUGUAGCUUAGCUGGUGAAAAUAUUGUGAUCAGUGAUGAGACACUAAUGUCUAAACUGUCUAUGUUGCACUUUGUAUUCAAGUAUUAAAUCACAAUAAGAAAAUAA